UUAAACAUUCUGACUACAAGCUCGCGUAAUAGUUUAGUCUGAGUCAUGGGGAUUGGAAAACAGCAUGGCAUGUCUACGUUCCCUUUUGCUGAUACAGGGAGCGAAUUGCGGAAGCAUCUUCUCGGCGUUAUGUCCAGGACACCAGGACUACAUGCGAUUAUAAUCACAGACCGUGAUGGCGUUCCGUUAUUAAAAGCAAGCAACGAAGGUGCCCCAGAGCAUGCAAUGCGUCCUGGUUUCCUGUCCACGAUGGGAAUGGCGAUGUCUCAAGCCAAUAAGCUUGGGUUAGGAAGGUGCAAUAAAAUGAUAUCAUCCUAUGGAAACUAUCAAGUGAUCAGCAUCAACCAGCAGCCUCUCACACUGACAUUCCUCGCUAGCAACGGUGCCAAUACAGGCAUGAUCCUGAACCAUGAAAGGGACCUGGAACCAAUCUUACAUGGCCUUCGAAAUGUUGUAGAGACCUCUUGACUUCUGCAUAGUGUCAGUCUGUGCAUUGCAGUCCACAGCAUUAUCUUUCUUUUAUGUUGUUAGUUCUUGGGAAGUGAAAAUUUUUGCAUUGAAGUCUACAACAAAGAAAGGCUCGCACUGCAGAGAGUCUUUGCUUUUAGGUUGCCGUAAUGCUGUGCACUCUGUCAUUACAAAUUAUAUAUCCACAUGUGGCAUUGUAUAAUAAAAUAUUCCAAACUUGU